AUGUCGUGUCCCGUACGAUUGUACCCUUUGCGCAAGCCCAAGAAUCACCGUUUGCCUGUGCCGAGGUACACACUCUCACUGCCAACCAGGGUGAAGCACAUCUAUACAACCUACGUGGGUGUUCAGCAACAUUCCAACGAUACCGCAAGCACAGAGGCGAAGACUGAAGUGUGUCGAGAUAUCGAGUCAUGGUUUAGAUUCAACAACCGGCCAACGACACUUGAAUCGUUUGCACUUAUUGACGGCCGUGAAGCAUCCGGCACGACCAUCUGGGUAGGCUACUGGACCGAUGCAACUCGGCACGCCAAAGCUCUGGAAACCCUGCGCCUGCAAUCCAUCUUCGCCCGUCAGCCAAAGGAGCGUCGCUCGUCACUUGGUCUGUGGCACGAAAGCUUUGCAACCGAUGUUGCACGCCUGGAGACGAAUUACUCUGGGCUAGACUACCUUCCAGGCCUGGGUCAGAUCCCAAACAGCAGCGCUGCUGAACAUGAUCUAGCGACCUACUGGGGCGCUGCUCGAGACCGCAUCCCAGACUCGGCGCAGGACUUGUUCCCUCGUCCGGCCGCAAAGCCCAAUCGUCCUGCGGAAAAGCCAAGGGGAGUGGGACAACACCUCACCGGAACUAGUCAUCACAACCUCGUACACAUUCGCUCCGGGCAGUGGUGGAAGAACUGCGACCGACCCGAGACCGAAGCCUACGUGCAGAAGCUGGAACCCACGCUUCGCAAGGGCCUGCGGUACCUCAACGACAAUGCCAAGGAUACGGGUGCGAUGGGCCUUCGAUACUUGCGCAACACAGACGUGAAUGAGCCGUUGAGCGACUAUGGCAGGGAGGAAACGUGUGGCGCUGGCUUCUUCGCGAACCUCGAGGAUUUGGAGAGCUGGGCGAAGACGCACAGCUCGCAUCUAGCAAUCUGGCGCGGCGCUAUGGCGCAUUACAAAGCAUUUCCUAACAACAGGAAGUUCCGGACGUGGCAUGAGGUCAGCGUCAUCAGCGAGGGUGACGCUCGGUUCGAGUACGUCAAUUGUACGCCGGGCACUGGUGUUAUGGGUGCAACGCAGCUGGAAGAGCACGAGCUGGAGGCGUAA